UCAAGGGCAGAGACGAGAAAAUCAAAGUUGGACUAGUCAGAGAGAGGAGUACAGAGCAAAGAUGAAUUUCCUUCCAUAUUUCUCCAUUGAGACCUGGGGUCUUCUGAUCACCCUCCUUGCUCUCCUGAUACUAUAUGGGAUCUGGCCAUAUGGUUUAUUUAAGAAACUGGGUAUUCCUGGGCCAACACCCCUGCCUUUCUUUGGGACCAUCUUGGAGUAUCGCAAAGGUAUGGUGGACUUUGACCAAAACUGCUUUCAGAAAUAUGGGAAAAUCUGGGGGCUUUACGAUGGCAGACAGCCUGCGCUGGUUAUCCUGGAUUCUACACUCAUUAAAACGGUGCUGGUGAAAGAGUGCUACACCACCUUUACCAACCGCCGGAGAUUUGGUCCAACAGGAAUGAUGAAGUCGGCUAUCUCCCUAGCUGAGGAUGAGCAGUGGAAGAGGAUUCGCACUGUGCUCUCUCCAACCUUCACCAGUGGGAAGCUAAAGGAGAUGUUUCCCAUCAUGGUACAUUAUGGGAAGGUUUUGGUGAGAAAUGUUCAGAAGCAAGUGGAAAAGGAUAAGCCGGUAGCUGUUAAAGAUGUGUUUGGUGCCUACAGCAUGGAUGUUAUCACCAGCACUUCGUUUGGUGUGAAUACUGACUCCAUGAACAACCCCCAAGACCCAUUUGUGAAGGAGGCUAAGAAACUACUGAAGUUUGACUUUUCCCCAUUUUUUAUUUUGCUAACUGUAUUUCCAUUCCUUACUCCUCUUCUUAAUAUGCUGAAUGUGAACGUUUUCUCAAAUGAUGCCCUGGAAUUCUUCACACGGGCAGUCACCAAAAUAAUAGAAAAGCGCAAGAGAGAAACCCGCACGGACCGAGUGGAUUUCCUGCAGCUGAUGAUUGACUCCCAGAAUUUAAACACCAGUCACGAAAGCAAUGGGUUGGGUCACCCAAAUAAAGUCCUGACUGAUAUCGAGAUUCUGGCACAAGCAAUUAUCUUUAUUUUUGGUGGCUAUGAGACCACCAGCUCCAUUCUUGGCUACAUAGUUUACAGUCUAGCUACUCACCCCGAUGUACAGCAGAAGCUGCAGGAGGAGAUAGACUCUGUUCUUCCCAACCAGGCACCUCUCACUUAUGAUGCCCUGAUGCAGAUGGAAUAUGUUGAUAUGACAGUGAGUGAAACCCUCAGGCUCUUUCCUUUUGGAGGGCGAAUUGAAAGGGUCUGCAAGAAAGACGUAGAGAUAAAUGGAGUGAUCAUUCCCAAAGGCACCGUGGUUAUAAUCCCACCCUAUCUUCUGCAUCGUAUCCCAGAAUAUUGGCCAGAAUCAGAGGAAUUCAGACCUGAAAGGUUCAGUAAAAAGAACAAAGAGACGAUGGAUCCUUAUGUGUACCUGCCCUUUGGAGCUGGACCCAGGAACUGCAUUGGAAUGAGGUUUGCUCUCCUCUCCGUAAAAGUUGCUAUUGCCAGUCUGCUGCAGAAUUUCACCUUCAGACCCUGCAAAGAAACUCCGAUACCUCUCAAACUGAGUUCAAACGCAUUCAUAACUCCAGUGGACCCUAUCAUUCUGAAGUUGGUCCCCAGAACCACAGAAUCGAAGGAGUAAAAUCCAGUGGAGUUUUAUAGCAGCUCUUCAGAGGCCAAUGGCUGCUGUACCAACAGAUACUUUACACAUUAUUCUGGGAAGCUGAUGUAGGCACAGAAGAGUUUAAUUCAGAAGACAAUUGCUAAAUAUUUGCAGAAAAGCAUGACUAGAGAGACAGAGAGAGACAAAGUGGGUGAGGUAAGGAACCAUUAGACUAUAUGCUAACUACUUAUGCUAAACUAUGUGUUGGAUGUUGUAUUUAGCUGACACACUCAUGAGUACCUUUCCCAGGCCUGGAGAGGAGCUCCGUGUAGCUGGAAAGCUCAUCUCUCACCAACAAAAGUUGGUCCAAUAAAAGAUAUUGCCUCACCCACCUUGUCUCUCUAAUAUCCUGGGAUCAAUAUGGCUACAACACCACUGCAUACGAAAAGCAUGUUUGUCAAAAAUGUAAUCUGAGUCAUUGGACAGUAAUUAUACAGUAAAUAGCUUUUCUAAUUCUGAUUACUUUGUAAAUAUAUUUUAUACAAAGUUUCCACUAAAGAGCAACACCUCACUCACAAAGUUAUCUUCUGCUACCUGGUCUACAGUAUGGAAUUUAAUCAAGUCUGAACAGAGUUGUCAGCAAAUUGCAUUAGCUGAAUGGGCUUGGAACACAAUUUAGCAGUAAGCGGGGACAAGGGCAAACCAUGCUCAGUAUUGUGUUAGCUAAUUAAACUCAACCACACCUAACCCUUGUUGACAGACAUGACUACUGGCAACUGUGCUGAGUCAGGCACUGUUAAACUUGAGUGCAGGCCAGGUCUGACUCUCUUCUAGCGGUACUCCUUCCCAAAAGGGAGAAAAGUACGGUCUCUUUCAAGAUGCAGAAGAGACUUGUUUGAUACCAACAGGAAUCAGUUAUCCUUUAUUAUUGAGUGGGAAUAGAGGUGACGAAAAAUGGGUGAAUUACAAGGUUCUUUUUUGAUGUAUUGAUAUUUUAAGUAUCAGAGAGGUAGCCGUGUUAGUCUGGUUCUGUAAAAGCAGCAAAGAAUCCUGUGGCACCUUAUAGACUA